ACUCGAUCUUAAGGCAAAUGGCUGCUUGCAUUCGAUUUAGUAUGAGCAUACCAUGUCUUUUCCUGGCUCGACUCUGUCCCAAGUCACUUCUCACAACUGUGGACAACUCAAAGUUUCAGAUGCUGGAGGAAACACAAAGUUAAGCGCAGCCUUGUAGGUCCACCUAGUUACUGCAUGCUGUGUGAACAACUUGCCUUAGCAGAAGUCUAGAUACUCAUCUUUCUGUUCUUUUCUCGUCGAACCCAAUACUGGGCACCAGAUCGGCAAAGCUAGGAAGGCUAUGGGGAGAGACUGACAGUGAAAAUGCACAAAGGAGACCUCACUCCACUAAGAAAGCCAACGUGCUUACAGCCAGUCGAACAGAGGCAUCUAUUCACAAUCGAAUCGCCACUCAGACUGGCUUCCGGAGUGCUCUGGCGUGGGAUUCGGACCUCAAACGUCAACGCGGGAAUCCCAACCCUCGCAUUCACUAGGAAGCCAAGAGGUGUCAGUUUGUGUGGUCGGCGGGAGAAAUCCAUCAGGACGGGAGGAAAGUGUGGCGCUAUGUCACCCGGUGCUGCUCCCCAGUUAGGCAUAGCCAACCUUUGGGCUGGAACUUUUCCGCUCCUCCUACCGUGUUUAAAUUCCGCCCGUUCUUUCCGGAGGCCAGGUCCGCUCCGGAAGUGCGUCAGCGCCGUGUUUCUCUUUCAAGCCCUGGUGACUGCAGGGCUCGCGGGGUAGAGAGCGCGGCGGGCUCGGCGUGAGUUGUGGGACGCUGCGUGCGUGUGCCGGACACCUCCUUCAUCCUAACGGGAAACCAAGGCCGUGCGAGUCUGUCCGGCUUCUAGCGCCCGCGCCAUGGGAGUGCAGGGGCUGUGGAAGCUGCUGGAGUGCUCUGGCCACCGGGUCAGCCCCGAGGCGCUGGAGGGCAAGGUGCUGGCCGUGGAUAUUAGCAUUUGGCUCAACCAAGCACUUAAAGGAGUCCGAGAUAGCCAUGGGAACGUGAUAGAAAAUGCUCAUCUUCUCACGUUGUUCCACCGACUCUGCAAGCUCUUGUUUUUUCGUAUCCGCCCUAUUUUCGUCUUUGAUGGUGAUGCUCCACUGCUAAAGAAACAGACCUUGGCAAAGAGAAGGCAGAAGAAGGAUUCUGCAUCCAUCGACUCGAGAAAAAACACAGAGAAACUCCUAAAAACCUUUCUGAAGAGACAGGCUGUGAAGACCGCCUUCAGAAGCACAAGCAAUGAAGUGCUACCGAGUCUUACUCAAGUUCAAAGACAGGAUGACAUCUAUGUUUUGCCACCUUUACAAGAGGAAGAAAAACAUAGUCUUGGACUCCCUUGUAGACAAGGCUGGCCUCCAAUGAGCAGGGAUCGAUCCAUCUGCUUCUGCCUCCCAAGUGCUGGAAUUAUAGGUAUGUGCCAUCACACCCAGCUUUUUUUUCCCCUGAUCCCCAUCUGCAUCAGGUUCUUGGUGUUUUUCAAAUCCCUGCCCAGAACAUCUGAGGAAUUCUUUCAUAAUCCUCAUGCCAUAGAUAUUGAGUCUGAGGACUUCAGCAGCCUGCCUCCUGAAGUAAAGCAUGAGAUCUUGACUGACAUGAAAGAGUUUACCAAGCGAAGACGAACAUUGUUUGAAGCAAUGCCAGAGGUAAGACAACCAGCAGUGCACAGUACCACACCAAUGCUUAGAAUUAAGAACUUGAGCAAAGCUUCACACAAGAAAGCGAAAACCAUGUUUUGUUUUCUCUCAGGUAUUCAAGGUAAGAAAGUCAUGGAUGUGGACUCAGAAUCUCUUCCUUCUUCCAGCAAAGAACACAGUGUGUCUUUGAACCUGAAGUUGUCACCCCAGGAGGAAGUGAAGCCAAUGAGAGAGCCAGAGGCCACACCCCCUUCUCCAAGAACUUUACUGGCUAUUCAGGCAGCCAUGUUGGGAAGUAGCUCAGAAGAGGAGCCAGAGAGUGCAGAGGGAAGGCAGUCUAAGGAGAGGAACUCAUGGGCCACUGCAGAUGCAGGCUCCAUAUCACCACAGACCCAGGCAGCUAUUCAGAAAGCUCUGGAUGAUGAUCAAGAUGAGAAAGUGUAUGCCAGCAGUGGUGAUCUAGCAGUGAAAAUGCUGCUUGGAAAUGGUCUGGACCAGGAGCAUGUUGAAGAAAUGGUAGUGAGAGGCGGAGGCAUGCCAUUUGACACGGCACCCCUCUUACCCAGUAUGACUGAGGUUAAGGAGUGUGCAACCAGUGCCAGCAGUGAAAAAGUCCAGACAGCCUCGGCACAUUCAUUUGGUACUGCUUGCCAUCCAUGUGAUACUCCGAAAGAAACAAGGUCUCUUGCUCAUGUGGUGAAUGAAGUGUCGCAGAUAAGUAGUGAAUGUGAGUUCCAGGGCAGGCCAGCCGCCCUUUCAUCAGCAUUCAUAGAAACUCCGUGCAGCUAUGCCUCUGGAGUCCUCAGUGAAAGGGAAGCGACCCUGGCACCUCUGAUAAGAACACAGUCUGAUCAGAGGAUAGACAUGCACCCUGAAGAUCCUGAGCUACAAAAGGGGCUCUACCCACCCGAGAGCAAUCGUAAUUCCUCUCAUCCUUCAAGUGACGAUGAAGCAGAAGGUGCAGAAAGUCCUGCUUCCAAAGCAUGUAGUACCUUUCAUGUCCCUUCAGAGGCAGUGGGUAACUUAGAAAAUGUGUUGUCUUCUAAUGCUGAAGAACAUGGAGAUUUCCAGAAAACCACCCAGCUGCUGGAGAUGCCUGAGGCUGCUGCCAGGGAGCUGAUUUCAGCUCCAAAGCCCAUGGGACCAAUGGAAGUGGAGUCUGAAGAAAGCGAGUCUGAUGGAAGUUUUAUUGAAGUGCAGAGUGUUGUCAGCAAUGAUGAGCUUCAAACAGAGUCAUCAGAGGCUUCUAAAAAUCUCUCUGAAAAAGAUAUAGAGGAACCAAGAGAAACUCUGGAGGAAGGAAACCCCAGGGACACAGAGUGCCUCCUACAGGACUGCUCUGGCACUGAGGCAAUGGAAGGACACAGAAAAGCUGACAGAGAUGCUGAGGAUUCGCCCAACGAAUGGCAAGAUGUUAAUUUGGAGGAACUGGAUGCCCUGGAAAGUAACCUCUUAGCAGAAGAGAAUUCACUGAAAGCUCAAAAACAGCAGCAAGAUCGGAUUGCUGCCUCUGUGACAGGCCAGAUGUUUCUGGAAAGCCAGGUAAGUGUGACUUUAGCUUGGUCUUCCUUAGACCUGUCAUUCCUCUCAGAAGGGCUGUAUUUUGUUAUUUAUACAGGAUUGGACCGUAACAAAUUAAUCAACUUGGCUUAUCUACUGGGCAGUGAUUAUACAGAAGGGAUUCCAACUGUUGGCUGUGUAACAGCCAUGGAGAUUCUCAAUGAAUUCCCUGGGCGAGGCCUGGACCCACUCCUAAAAUUCUCAGAGUGGUGGCACGAAGCUCAAAAUAACAAGAAGAUCGCAGAAAAUCCCUAUGACACCAAAGUGAAAAAAAAAUUACGGAAGUUGCAGCUGACACCUGGUUUCCCCAACCCCGCAGUUGCAGACGCUUACCUCAGGCCUGUGGUGGAUGACUCCAAGGGAUCGUUCCUAUGGGGCAAGCCUGAUGUUGACAAGAUUAGAGAAUUUUGUCAGAGGUAUUUUGGCUGGACGAGGAUGAAGACAGAUGAGUCCCUGUAUCCAGUACUAAAGCACCUGAAUGUGCAGCAAACCCAGCUACGGAUUGAUUCCUUUUUUAGACUAGCUCAGCAGGAAAAACAAGAUGCCAAAUACAUAAAGAGCCAUAGGCUAAGCAGAGCAGUGACAUGUAUGCUAAGGAAAGAAAGGGAAGAGAAAGCUCCUGAGCUGAAGAAAGUGACUGAGACCCUAGAUGAUGCAAAAGGAAAAACACAGAAAAGAAAGCUACCAUACACAAGAGAGACUUCAGUCCCCACAAGACGGAGGCCUUCAGGAAAUGGUGGGUUCCUAGGGGACCCCUACUAUUCAGAAUCAUCCCAGGAGUCUUCAUGUGAGGAUGGAGAAGGUUCAUCUGUGAUGGGUACGCGACAGAGAAGUAAAACUGAGUCAUCAAAAGUCAGCUGCUCAGCUCUGCCUGACUUAGAGAGAGAUCCGCCUCAUGGGAGGGUCAGCUAUGUGUCCACUAGCAGCUCCAGUGAAGAUGGUGAGGACAAAACCAAGACUGCCCUAGUGACUGCUAAGCCUGUAUUUGAGAAGAAAAAACUGAAACGAAAGAGUAUGAGGAAGACAAAGAAAACCUAAUUAAAAAAGAAAAGACCAGUCAUUUAGAAAAGAAGUGCUUGCAAUGAAUAUGUAUUGAGAGCAUAAGAUUAAGUCUAUUUGUAUAAUCUCUGUUUUGAAUGUGUAGUUGUUAUCCUCUUUUAAUUUCUAAGUUUAUUAAAAAUCAAAGAACAGAAAAACUUUA